CUUCGCAGCAGCUCUGGUGCCGCGUCGUCGCGCGGAGAAAUGGCCGCCGCGCCGGCGGAUGUCGAGAACCCCCUGCUCGCCGCCGACGCGCCGGCGGACGUCGAGGUCGAGCUCGCGGAGACGGGCGGCGGGAGCGGCGGCGGGAGCGCCCCGGCCUUCGAGGUGCCCGAGCCGCUGGAGCGGGAGGAGCCGAGCGCCGGGGCGCGGCGGGGGCGGCGGCUCCUGCGGCUGCUCAACGUGUCGGACCCGUCGGUUUUAUUCUACGGCGCGUGCCUCGUGAACCUGCCGCAGGUCGUCGUACUCGCGUGCGUCUUCUUCUUCGAGUGGGACGCGGAUCUCGACGUCUGCGACGCGACGGCGCGCGCGCAGUGGCGCGUCUGGGGCUUCUUCCACGGCCUGCGGCUCGCGGCGACGACCGUCGUCGCCGGCCUGCGGUGGCGCUUCGCGCCUCGGCCGCCGCCGGACGCGGACCGCGCGUCGCGGCGCCGCUACCUGGUCAUGGUCACGAACGCGCGGAAUUCGCUCGACGCGCUCGCGCUCAUCUGGUUCGUCGUCGGCAACAUGUGGCUCCUCGGCGGCGCCGACGACAGCUGCGCCGAGGCGGGCAAGAGCCCCAUCUACGUCACGGACGUCGUCAUGCUCGUCGUCCAGUACGGCCAGAUCUGCCUGCCAUGCAUCUUCGCCAUCGCCAUGGUGCCCGUCUUCUGCUUCUGCCUGCCCUGCGUCAUCCGCCUGCUCGCGUCGCUCCACGACCCGGUGGCGGGCCGCGGCGCGACGAAGCGCGAUCUCGCGCGGCUCCCGACGGUCCCCUACAGCGAAAACAUGGAGCUGCUCAAGGGCGAGGACCCCUGCUGCUCCGUGUGCAUCUCCGACUACGAGAAGGGCGACAAGCUCCGCGUGCUGCCCUGCAAGCACCUCUUCCACGUCGACUGCGUCGACCAGUGGCUCUCAGUCAACGCGACCUGCCCGCUCUGCCGCAAGUCGAUCUUCGUCGACGACCCGGAGGAGCCGGACGAGGAGGCGCCGCCCGAGGCCGCGGACGUCGACGACGACGACGACGCGGCCGCGCCCGCCGGCGACGACGGCGUCGACGCGGCCCGCGUCGUCGCGUCCAUCACGUGACGCGCGCAUCCUCGCCUCGAUCCCUUUAACCUGCUCGAUUU